CCAUGAAAGAAUAAAAUUGAAGAAUCCCACGAUUGAAAUAUUAGGGAGUGUUUUUAGGGAAGAAUUUUAAAAUUUGGACAAAAAUUGGUAAAAAUGCUGUGGGAAACGUUUAAUUUUUUAAUAAAUAUCUAUUUAUAUUAAUAAUUAACUAAUUUCGAACAAAAAAAAUGUCAAAUGUAAAUAAACUAGUUUUUUUGCCAAUCAAAGAAGAAGUUGGUGAACAAAAAGAAGCCGAAAUGGAACAAAAGUCUUAUAAAAGUUUUACAAUUCAAGAUGGAAUUUUAAAUGAACCAUUUUCAUGUGACUUUAGUGAUUUAAGUUUUACAUUACAAAGUAAAUUAUUUGAAAAUCAGUUAAUUUACAUAGAAAAAAAGAAUUUUUCUUGUGAUAUUUGUGAUAGACAAUUUAAUUUCAAACAACAUUUAGUUCAACAUAAACGAAUUCAUACGGGAGACAGACCAUAUACAUGUGAUAUUUGUGACACGAAAUUUUCGGAUAAAUAUGGUUUAAUACGUCAUAUACGAAUUCAUACUGGAGAACGUCCAUAUCCAUGUAAUAUUUGUGAUGCAAAGUUCUCUCAAAAACAUCAUUUAAUUCGACAUCAGCGAACACAUACUGGAGAAAAACCAUAUUCAUGUGAUAUUUGUGGAAGAAAAUUCACUGAAAAAUAUAGUUUACUUCGACAUCAACGAAAUCAUGUAGCAGAACCAGAAAAACAAUCGAAGCUAAUAAUUGAAAAUAUGAAAAUUGUUCAACCAGAAUUACAUACAAAAUUUAUGAUUAAAGAUGCAAUUUUAGAAGAACCAUUUUCUUGUGAUUUUAGUGAGUUAAGUUUUACUUUACAAAACGAUUUAAUUGAACUUGAACCGAUUCAAGGAGGUGAAAAAAAAUUUUCAUGUGAUAUUUGUGAUAAAAAAUUUAAUUUAAAACAUCAUUUAGUUCAACAUAAACGAAUUCAUACUGGGGAAAAACCGUAUUUAUGUGAAGUGUGUGAUAAAACAUUUAAUUGCCCACAAAGUUUAACGCGACAUAAACGAACUCAUAGCGGAGAAAAAUCAUUUUCAUGUGAUGUUUGUGAGAAAAAAUUUGUGGAUAAAAAAAAUUUAAUAGCACAUAAAUUACUUCAUACCGGAGAACUUCCAUAUCCAUGUGAUAUUUGUGAUGCAAAGUUCUCCCAAAAACAUCAUUUAUUUCGUCAUCAACGAACUCAUACGGGAGAAAGACCGUUCCCUUGUGACGAAUGUGGCAAGACAUUCAUGAAGAAACAAUGUUUAGUUCAACAUUUAAAAAUUCAUACCGGAGAAAGACCGUAUUCGUGUGAUGCUUGUGGCUUGAAAUUUUCCCAAAAACAUCAUUUAAUUCGUCAUCAAAGAACUCAUACGGGAGAACGGCCUUAUUCGUGUGAAAUCUGUAAUAAAACAUUUACGCAACAAUUUAGUUUGGUUCGACAUCAACGAAUUCAUUUUGGAGAACAAAAUGGAAUAUUUGGAUUAAGGGAACCGUUGUCAAUUAAAGAAGAAUGGGUAGAUCCUGAAGAACACGCAAAUUUCGAUGAAAAUAUGAAAAAUGAAGAAAUUCAAACCAAAUUAAUUAAAGAUGAAACUUUAGAUGAAUCAUAUUCGAGUGAUUUAUGAUCUAAAUUUUAUGUUUUUCAUGCCAUGUUUAUACAAAGUAGUCUCAAACCGGGAAUUAUAAAGAAUAAAUUGUAAAUAAUUUACCGAAUCAAGAAAUGGCCACGACAAGCCCAUCUUGUUAGGAUCAAGAUUUCUAAUCGAGGAUAAUCUAUAAAUGCCUCUUGGAUUCAUCAAUCCUGGGAGAGAACCUGGCAUAGAAGCUAUAGGCUUUCUGCAAGGAGUCUGGCCUCGACAGAACCCUAUAGAACCGAAGUCGUCUCGUCUUUGGUUGGUAAGUUGUUUUCAAAGACGGACUUAGAAGAUCCCUUGGACCACAUUCUAGGUGUUAGAAUUCCAUUUGCGGUAUCCCACUUAUAUCCUUGGUCUUUUUGAGCUCUAUCAGGGCUCAUUGUAGGGACAAAGAAAUGAAAUUGAAAUGCGUACUCUUUUGUACAAGAAAAUUCGAAGUGUUUUCAUAGAAACUAUGGAAAUUCAAGAGCAUUUGUAAAAAGAAAUAAGCUCAAUGUUUUGUUCUGACCAUAGGCAUAGUAAAAAUAGGGAUGGAGUAUAAAGUUCAACUUUAGACGAGGGAAGUAUUCCUUAAGUCAUUUGUAUAAUACUCUUACUCUCUGUUACAAUUCUCGGUUACACUCCGUCUCUUCUUUUCCUUUGUCCAUGGCUCUGACCUACGGCACGUUUAACGUUAUGAAAACCGCGAUGUAGACGACAAAAUGGAUGACAGAUUUGAAGUUUCUGAGGGUCGGUAUUCAAAGUGUAAGAAAAUUAUUUUCUGUUUUAAAUUAGUUAAAUGAAAUUAAUUAUUUCAUAGUGGUGAGUGAAAUUGGGCCUUAGUUGAUUAUAAAUUGAUAAUGUUUAUAUAUUGUAGAUAUUUAAAAAU